AUGUCCCCAGCAUCGGCUGCAACGGCCAGUGAAAGCGCCGCCACCACCACCACCGUCCCCGAGGAGGAGACGGAAAGCCCCCGGGAAGAGCAGCAGCCUCAGAAACAGUCUCUGGCUAAGUCCUUGUGUCAGGAAACUCACUGGAAAUGCCUGCUGCUGUCCCUGCUGAUGUACGGCUGUGUUGGGGUGAUGGCCUGGUGCCAGGUGACAAAGGUCACGCGCCUCACCUUCAACAGUGCUUACAAGGGAAACUCUAUGAUGUACCAUGACAGUCCGUGCGCCAAUGGCUACAUCUACAUCCCUCUGGCCUUCCUGGUCAUGCUCUAUGUGGUCUACCUGGUUGAGUGCUGGCACUGCUAUACCAGGAAUGAGUUGCAGUACAAGGUUGAUGUGGACAGCGUAAUGGAGCGCAUCCAGCGAAUGCAGCAGGCUACGCCCUGCAUCUGGUGGAAGGCCAUCAGUUAUCACUAUGUCAGGAGGACGCGGCAGGUGACACGUUACCGUAACGGAGAUGCCUACACUACUACACAGGUCUAUCACGAGAGAGUGAACACCCAUGUAGCUGAGGCAGAGUUUGAUUAUGGGAACUGUGGGAUUAAAGACAUCUCGAAGAACCUGCUGGGCCUGGAGGGUUUCCCCAUCACCAAGCUGAGGUUCACCAAGUGCUUUAGCUUUGCCAAUGUGGAGUCAGAAAACUCCUACUUGAACCAGCGGGCCAGGUUCUUUACAGAAAAUGAGGGUCUAGAUGAUUACAUGGAGGCUCGUGAGGGGAUGCACCUGAAGAAUGUCGACUUUAAGGAGUAUAUGAUUGCCUUUUCUGACCCGAAUCACCUUCCUUGGUAUGCUUCCAACUCCACCUUCUGGGUAGCAGCUGCUUUCACCCUGUCCUGGCCUCUGAGGGUGCUGACAGAGUACCGCACUGCCUGUGUGCACUACCAUGUGGAGAAGCUGUUUGGCUUUGACUGUGUGCCAGUAACGCCAUCUGAGGAGCGGGUGUAUUGCAGACACAUCCCACGGGUCAACACAAUUGACAGCACAGAGUUAGAGUGGCACAUCCGCUCCAACCAGCAGCUGGUGCCCAGCUACUCCGAGGCAGUUCUCAUGGACCUGGCCCAGCUCUCAGGGAGCUGUAACAGCUACUCCUUAUGCGGAGGCAACGGCAGCUACAGGCAGAACUGCGAACGCUGCCACCGUGCCAUAAGCAGCUCCUCCAUCUUCUCCCGAAGCGCCCUCAGCAUCUGCAACACGGGGAGCCCCCGCAUCCCGUUCAGCGCCAGCCGCUUCUCGCUGGGUCGGCUGUACGGCUCCAGGCGGAGCUGCCUGUGGAGGAGCAGCGGGAGCCUGAAUGAGCAGUCGUGUCCCACAGAGAGCACGCGCUGUCUGUCAGGCCAGCAGAACAGCGAGGAGAACCCUCCAGCCUAUCAGGAUGCUCUGCACUUCCCAGUGCUCAUCGUGCAUCGCAACGAAGGCUGCCUCAACCACGACCACCGCUCCCUGCAUAGAAAUGGCUCCUGUGUAGAAACUUCACUAUGAUGACACAAGCUGAGGCCAGGAAGAUGCUUCA